AUGACCCGGAGCUUUUCGGCAUCGCCGCGCCAAGCUAGUUAUGCAGAUACCCUUCACAACCUCAAGAUUGGCGCUCAUACGAAAGUCCUCUUCCAAGGAUUCACAGGACGACAGGCGACCGCCAAUGUCCAGGAGUCGCUGGAAUGGGGUACUAAGAUUGUAGGUGGUGUGAAGCCUGGUGUUGAAGGUGAACACCUGGGACUCCCAAUCUUUCCCUCUGUUAAAGCGGCCCAGGCAAGAGCAAAGCCUGAUGCGUCCGCAAUUUACGUUCCUGGAAACCAGACUGCAAAGGCGAUUGAAGAGGCAAUUGAGGCAGAGAUCCCGUUAGUAGUGGCUGUGGCUGAACAUGUUCCUAUUCACGACAUUCUCCGGAUUCAUUCUAUGCUGCAAACCCAGUCCAAGACUCGUCUUGUCGGCGCAAAUUGCCCGGGAAUCAUAUCCGCCAUUGGCAAGUGUCGCAUUGGUUUCCAACCCUUGCCUUGUUUUGCGCCUGGUAAUGUCGGCAUUGUAGCCAAGUCGGGUACUCUAAGCUAUGAGACGGUCGCUUCAACAACCCGAGCUGGACUAGGACAAAGUCUAUGCAUUAGUAUGGGUGGUGAUGUGUUGGCUGGUACCAAUUUCGUUGAUGCUCUCAAGAUUUUCGAGCACGAUUCUGAUACCGAGGGUAUCAUCCUUGUUGGUGAGAUUGGUGGCACGGCUGAAUCGGAUGCGGCGGAGUGGAUCAAGGACUACCGGCGACGGACUGCCAACCCGAAGCCCAUCAUGGCCCUCGUUGGUGGCUUAGAGGCACCACCAGGUCGGAUUAUGGGACAUGCAGGUGCCUGGUGCGCACCUGGCGAGCCGGAUGGGCAGACUAAGUACCAAGCACUUGAACGUGCUGGUGCUGUUAUGGUCAACCACCCCGAGAAGUUUGGCGAGGGGAUGAAGACACUGUUGGGCACAGCCAGCAGACCCGGCACACAAUCAAUUUCAGGAUCAGCAACUCAAAAGCGCGGCAUUCACACAAUGAGACGUAUCAGCCCUGUUUCAAGGCCAGCUCAGCAAAAACGCAACCUCUACAUCAAGCAGUUUCAAGCAUUUGAAAUUCUCAAGCAGAGAUCCAUUCCUGUCAAUGAGGAGACGUCAUCCUCCGACGUGUCUAUUUCUCUCUCCAUUGACCGUACUUCAUUGUCGCCAUGCAUUGUCGUAUCUCCCAGUGCAGAGUUUAACCCUACGCAGUCCCGCAAAUUUCCAUUCAGCUACACUGAAGCCGACUUGAAGAACAGCUCUAUCAUUUCCGCUGUAGCUUCACACGCUGGCCUCCCGGCUUCGGCCCAGGGCAAACUCGCGGUCUUGGUUCAAUCCCUAUGGGAAAUUUUCAAGGAGAAGGAGGCAUUCGUACUGGAGACUCGGAUUGGGACCUCUGGUGAUUCAAAUUUGGAAGUGCGGGGGGCGCGAUUUGGCUUUGAUGAUGCUGCAUUCCGAAGCUCGGGGCGUCAAGAAGAGAUUCACUCUUUGCGAAACACUGCCGAGGAAGUCGCUGAGGAGGUUGAAGCGGAAAAGGACGGAAUUGUCUACGUCAAACUUGAAGGAGAAGGAAGCAUUGGCACACUCGUAAACGGAGCAGGACUUGCCAUGAACACAGUCGACGCCCUUACAAUCCACGGUGGUCACUGUGCCAACUUCCUUGACACUGGUGGCAAGGCUACCUCUGAGACGGUCAAGUCGUCCUUCCGAUUUAUCUGCUCUGACCCCCGCGUCAAUGCAAUCUUCGUCAAUAUCUUCGGUGGCUUGACACGCUGUGACAUGAUAGCCGAGGGUAUUAUUCUAGCAUUCCGGGACUUGAACAUGCAAGUUCCCGUUGUUGUGCGGCUACGUGGCACGAACGAGGAACUUGGACAGAAGAUGAUUGCCGAAAGUGGCCUUCCUCUUCAUGCUUUUGAUGGAUUCGGAGAAGCAGCGAAAAAGGUCAUUGAACUCGCUCAGAAAGACUGA